AUGGGCGUGCAGCCCAGCGAGGACGCGCUAGGGCGUCUUCUGGACAAAAACCGCAAGCUUUAUGGGCAGGUUGAGGCGCAGAGGGGCAUCAUCGACCGACUGGAAAGCCGCAUAUUCAAGCUGCAAGAAGACGAGGAGGUGCAGCAGGAGACGUUGCUCCACGUCAACAGGGCGUGGGACGAGUUGAAUGCCUCCAUCGACUUCUUGAGAUACAGGGCUGGUGCCGCACCCGAGCCGUCAGCAGACAACCAUGCAGCUGCUCAGCUGCCCUCGACCGACACCUUGCUGCUGGCAUGCUCCCCCUUUCUUGCUCGCUUGGCGUCCACCUGCUUGAACUCCGACGCCCUGGACUCGGCGGAGCUGGAGGAGGGAGAGCCGGAGGAGCUGGAGGUUGCCCUGUGCGCCAGGUCUGCCGCCACCUCCGCGGCGGCCGCAGGGCUCCUGGACGCCAUCGAAGCCCUCAGGGCUGGUGGGGUGCCUGGGAAGAGGGCAGAGCCAGACGCCGCGGCAGAACCUGCCUCUAUCUCGGAGCAGAUUGCGGCCACGCGGCCCUUCGACCCCGCCGUCGAGCCACAGGCGCUGCUUACCCUUGUCAAGGCCGAGAACCGGCGGCUGCGGAGCGUGGCCCUGGCCAGCGCUGCCCGCGUGAAGAAGCUGCAGACCAGCCUGGCAGACCGCGAAGCCGAGUUCCACGUGGCCCAGCGAAGGAUCGCACAGCUCAAGGCCAGGUCCCAGGGAGAAGAACCACCGAGUGCGGGGUCCAGCAGCAAGGAGGCCACCCCCGAGCCGCCAGUUGCCGCGGCGGACUCCCAGGCGCUGACCGAGCUCCAGGGCAAGGUUGCGGAGCUGGAGCGGGAGGUGGAGCAGGGGAGAGCCGACCUGAGGCAGGCGCAGAGGGACGCCCGGGCCCUCCGGGACUCCCUGCAGCUGGAGCGGGACGCGGCGGAGCGAGCCCGCUACUUUGACUCCCAGCGCCUGGCCCGCCUGGACGCCGAGUUCAAAGGGCUGGAGGACGCCAUGCACCACGCGCACGCUGAGCGAGACCACGUCCUGCGCUGCCUGCACGACGCCGAGUUCCAGCUGGACGGCGCGGCCUCGGUCCACCGCCGCCUGGCGUCGGCGGAGGCUCAGAUCGCCGCGCUGGACGCCCGGCUGGCCAGCGCCAGCGCGGCCCGCGCCGAGGCCGAGCUGGCGCUGGCCGCGGAGAGGGGCAGGGUGGCCGGCCAGCCCACCGUGGCGCACCUCCAGGAGCUGCUGGGGACGUACAAGCGGGACGUCGCGUCCCACAGGGCACGUAUCGUCCAGCAGAAGCAGCGGCUGGAUGAGCUGCAGGCCGCCAAGGACGCUGCCGACGCGGGGCUGGCCAGGCUCGAGGCGGCGCAUGCGGCUGAGAUGGAAGCUGUGCGGAAGCAGCACGGCGACCAGGAGCGGGCGUGGAAGGAGCGCGAACAGGACCUGACCCUGUUCAUGCAGCUGCGCCAGCUGGCGGCCUGCGAGCGCCAGGUGGCCGCGCUGCGCGAGGAGACCGAGGCCUACCUGGCGGAGCUGGAGUCGAUGGUCAACUGCUCCGUCUGCCACCAGCGCCAGAAGGACGUCAUCAUCACCAAGUGCUACCACAUGUUCUGCGCACAGUGCAUCAAGCGCAACCUAGAGUCGCGCCACCGCAAGUGCCCCGGCUGCGGCACCGCCUUUGGCCAGGGCGACGUCGCACACUUCUUCUUCACGUGA